UCUAAAAGCUCAAAAACAGCACAGUCCAGUCUAGAGGAGUGGGCAGCCCAUUCUAUUAUGUAGAGGCCCAAGUAUCCCGAAAGAUGCUGACCAAUGAUCAGCACCGUUACCAAACCACCAAUUACCUCAUCUCUCAUCUCUCCUCGCCCACCUUUUAUCUCGUCCGCGGACAACAACAACACAGAGAGAGAGAGAGAGAGAGAGAGAGAGAAGAAAUGAUGCAAUACCGCUUUACCACCCUAGCUCGCACCAUCUCAUCUGCCACAAAGUCAAGACUCAUCUCAUCCACGAUCGACUCACCUAUCACCAAACCCGAUUUCCCUCCCACCCUAGCCGGCCUCCGGGCCCGCCUAGCUGUGGAAUCGCCCACCAUCUCCGAUUUCGUCGAUCUCCAAAAAGAUAGCCAGUAUUCCGUGGAAGUCGGGACGAAGAAAAAACCACUCCCUAAACCCAAAUGGAUGAGAGAAUCCAUUCCAGGCGGUGAAAAAUACGUUCAGAUUAAAAACAAGUUAAGGGAAUUAAAACUCCACACCGUCUGCGAAGAAGCUCGAUGCCCCAAUCUUGGCGAGUGUUGGUCCGGUGGUGAGACUGGGACCGCAACUGCCACUAUCAUGAUCCUGGGUGAUACUUGUACUCGCGGUUGCAGGUUUUGCAAUGUGAAGACAUCGCGGACGCCGCCUCCUCCGGAUCCCAAUGAACCAGGGAAUGUUGCGGACGCAAUUGCGUCGUGGGGUUUGGAUUACGUGGUGAUUACGAGCGUGGACCGGGAUGAUUUAGCUGAUCAAGGGAGUGGGCAUUUUGCGGAAACGGUUCAGAAGUUGAAAGCUUUGAAGCCUAAUAUGCUUAUAGAAGCCUUGGUUCCUGAUUUUCGGGGAGAUGCUGGUUGCAUAGAGAAAGUUGCAAAAUCUGGACUUGAUGUUUUUGCUCAUAAUAUUGAGACUGUUGAAGAGCUUCAAAGAGUUGUACGUGAUCACCGUGCUAAUUUUAAGCAAUCUUUGGAUGUUCUAAGGAAGGCCAAAGACUAUGCUCCUGCUGGAACACUUACCAAGACUUCGAUAAUGUUAGGAUGUGGGGAAACACCUGAUCAAGUUGUGAAAACAAUGGAGAAGGUGAGAGCGGCCGGUGUUGAUGUGAUGACAUUUGGUCAGUAUAUGAGACCAUCAAAGCGCCACAUGCCUGUAUCAGAAUAUAUUACACCUGAGGCUUUUGAGAAAUAUCAAACACUUGGCAUGGAAAUGGGAUUUCGGUAUGUAGCAUCUGGUCCCAUGGUCAGGUCAUCAUACAAGGCAGGAGAAUUCUACAUCAAAUCUAUGAUAGAAUCUGAUCGGGCUGCUUCUUCUUCAUAGUUUCUUUUCGGGUGAUUGUUUUUCUUUUACAAUAUACCUAUUUUCUUCCGGAUGGUAUCAUUGACAUGCAUCAGAUACGGUUUGGGUAGUGAAAUGACUGCCCAUGCCACUUAAUGUGCCUUAGCAAAUGUCAAGGGAAUUUAGUUGGAAGAAAAUGAAAAGGAUGAAUUGCUUGGAGUUGGCCAAGAUUUUGGUAGACUGACGUUGCAAUAUCUGUUUACUAAAUUUGUUGUAAUUAUCAGCUGCAGUUUUAUUACUUCCCAAUCAAGGUUUUAUUUGUAUAAGCAUGCUUUUUAGCACGGAGAUACUGACGUGCCAGAAGACAAUAUUUUGAUCAAUCAUUUUACCCAGAGUUCAAUUCACCACGACCCUUCUCCAAGCAAUUUUGGUGAAACCCUUUUUAACUUUAGUUCGAUAAUAAUUGACAGUGAAGGUGCGCCAAACAAUCACAUAGAUUGAAUGUUGCUGAUCGACCUGUUACAAGACCUGGCAUGGGCCUCAAUCAACCCUUGACGGUAGGAUGCAGCUGUCCGCGUGCUACGUAUCUUAACCAAUUAAAACCAAAUAGUUCAUGUGGGGCUGGUGUUUGGGUUUUCCAAGACAGUUAACGAUUUGGUUUCAAUGGACAGAAAGAAAAAUGAAGCAGUCAGGAUGUUUU